UAUGAACCGCCCAGGCGCGAUUUGCAACGCGGGAAAUACUUGCAAAAAUAGGAGCACACAUUGACAGUGUGAACACAAUUUUUGUAAAUUCAUGAAUUUUUGUGCCAUAUUUUUUAUAAGGAAUUGUGGCACGGUUUUCUACGUCUUUGGAAAUGAAUCCUAUUUUCACUCCUGAUUGAAUAGCUGAAUUUUGUGGGACACUUUCGGUCUUAUAGCUGCCGAACCCAACUUUUUGCUAAAGUUAGGUUACUUGAUAGCAAAGCUGGGUAAAUAGCUUUUUCUUCAGAUGGCAAGUGAUUCCUGAGCAUUGUGAUACAAUUUGAGAUUUGAUCAGCUUUUGACACAUUCGUCUUUCAUCUCAACGAUGGCGGAGAACAAGCAUCCUCAAGUUAUUUUUUGCAACGACUCUCCAAAGAGGGUCCUAGUGUCUGUGAUCAAAACCACCCCGAUCAAGCCCAGGAAGAACGAAUCUCUGAUAGCGACCAGCCCUGGAUUCAGCGACUUCAUGGUGUACCCGUGGAAGUGGGGGGAGAACGCCCAUAAUGUGAGCCUGAGCCCGGGCUCCGUAAACGGGGCUGCCUCCCCUACCGGGACCAACACUGCCAGCGAGGCGGACAUGGGUGCCUCCCCUGACCAGAUGAAGGACAGUAAAGAGGACGCUAUUCGGCGUGGCCGCCCGCGUGCUGACACUGUCCGUGAGUUGAUUAACGAGGGGGAGAGUUCCUCCAGCCGCAUCCGCUGUAACAUCUGCAACCGUGUGUUUCCUAGAGAGAAAUCCCUACAGGCCCACAAGAGAACACACACAGGGGAGAGGCCUUACCCGUGUGACUAUCCUGACUGUGGCAAGGCUUUUGUCCAGAGUGGCCAGCUAAAGACUCACCAGCGCCUUCACACCGGAGAGAAGCCCUUUGUCUGCUCUGAGAAAGCCUGCGGGAGUCGCUUUACCCACGCUAACCGGCACUGCCCGAAGCACCCAUAUGCCCGUUUGAAGAGAGAAGACCCCAAGGAGGGACCAAACAAGGCCCAGUCUGUAGACAACAAGGCUGUGGCAGAGUGGCUGGCAAAGUACUGGCAGACCCGUGAGCAGCGUGCCCCUGUGCCCACCAAGGGGAAACCCCAGGGCAAGGGCGGGGUGGAGGACCAGGAGCAGCAGGACCCCCGGGAGUUUCUCCAAUCAGAUGAGGAGGAAGAGGAGGAGCCAAUGGAGGAAGAGAAGUGCAACGGGGGUGGGGCUGCCAAACGGAGUCUCCAAGAGCAACGGGAGCGUCUCCAUGGUGCCCUGGCGCUCAUUGAGCUGGCUAACAACCUGUCUGCCUGAAACCCUACCCAUAUCCCAGUGUUGAAACCCUCCCCAGUCACUCCCCUUCUGCCUCCCUGCACAAUGUGUUCUGGGUAGAAGUUGUCUGUAGGGAAACAUCUAGGAUAAGCUUACCCUCCCCAAAUACUUAACCAUUAAUGGGGGGAAAUUCUAAGCGGAACUUAGAUCAGUAUCUGGGGUUCUUCUCCAUGUGCAGUGUGGGGCAGACACAAGCUAAAAGCACCUUAUCCAGCUUCCAAUUGUAUCCUUAUUAGGCUGCUAAGAUUGUAGAUCACAGGUGGCUGGUGGCACCUUAGUUGGGGAGGACGGGCUCAUAAUAAUGGCUGGAAUGCAAUAAAUGGAACAUUCCAUUCUCUACAUUCCAGCCAUUAUUAUGAGCCUCCCCUCACCAGCCUCCUGUGUUGUAGAUGUCAAUAUAUGAAGAACGUUUCACUUUCCUCUGCCUUCUAAAGACUGGAGGAGAUGACCUUUUAAUGUUUAGUUUGUUUUGUUUGCACUUUGGUGGUAACGAGUUAUUUGUUAUGUCUUUUACUUUUGACGAUAAAGUAUAUUGUGUGAGUAUGUUUAUAUAAUGGAAGUCUAUGUAGAUUUAGCUCAGAUGGAUGGAGUGAUACAGGGUGCGGUCAGUCAUAGGACAGUUUAGGUGUAUCUAAAUACUGGAAAGUGGAUUCCUCUCCUGAUUCUCUGAUCUGGACUGUGACACGAUAGGUGAAAAAGCAAUGUGGUGGAAGCCUAUCAGGGGAUUUCGCUUCCACCUGUCUAGUUCUUUCAGAUCAGUGCAGGUGAAGGAGAGUAGAUGAGGGGAGGAAGUCACUGUAGAGACUAUUGAGAUGCAACCCAUUGCAAGCCUAAUCUACAGUAGUGGCUAGCCACAAGCUUUCACAAAAAUUCAAGCUCCAACCCCUUCACCUAUUAAAUGUAUCACACCCAGAACUGUAGCUAUAACCCUGGAGGGACAACUCUUGUCCUGGAGAGCCGCAGAGUGAGCAGCCGCAGCUCCAUAUCAGCCCUUAACAAACCUGAUCUAGAUGAUUACGGGGAUUUAGACCACAGUUAGUUGGGUCAGGUGUGUUAGAGCUGGGCUGGAACAAAUGCAGCUAUGGCUGUGCAGGCCUGGUGUUGGCCUUCUCCACUCUAACCAAAUUACAUGGCCAGACAUACGGAAGAGGAGUAUUUAAAGUCAUUAGUGUCGCCACCUUUUAUAUUAAAAGAUGCUGGCUGAUUGGAGAUACGGACUUGUAGCCCCAUUGGUGGUGUAUGUACAAGUCUUCUCUAUAAUCAACAUUUCGUAGGUAUUUAUUUCAUCAUGUUUUUUUGUCCUUUUUGUUAACGAUCUGCUAUCACAAGCUGUCUCCGAGUACUGACAUAUAGUUCCAUUGAAGAAUAUAUUGAUCAUCGCCUCCCUAAAAUGAUUUAGUAUCUAUCGAUGUCAACUUCUAGCCGUUAGAAUUGUACUCCCCUUUGCAGCAGCACGUGUAUCUACAGUAUCUGCUACUAAGUUUUGCAUUUAUGGAUUAAGCUUGCAAUGUAACAUGUUUCCACCUAUUAGACCAGUCUAGAGAAAUGGAACAUGUUUCCACCUAUUAGACCAGUCUAGAGAAAUGGGACGUUUCCACCUAUUAGACCAGUCUAGAGAAAUGGAACAUGUUUCCACCUAUUAGACCAGUCUAGAGAAAUGGGACAUGUUUCCACCUAUUAGACCAGUCUAGAGAAAUGGGACAUGUCUCCACCUAUUAGACCAGUCUAGAGAAAUGGGACAUGUUUCCACCUAUUAGACCAGUCUAGAGAAAUGGGACAUGUUUCCACCUAUUAGACCAGUCUAGAGAAAUGGGACAUGUU